AUGGAGACGCGGCCUGAAAAUAACGCGUCUGCACCAGCGGUCAAAAGGCGGCGCAAUCCACGCGCAGUCCUCGCGUGUGAGAGAUGUCGCUUGAAGAAGUACAAGUGCUCAGAGGCACAACCAUGCAUCCAUUGCAAGCGCAGCGGGGCUGAAUGCAAGUAUGCCAGAGGCUAUCGAGUAGCGAAUGAUGCAGCGUCACUUAUCAGUACUGUCAGUAAUGAGUCUGGAAGUCUCAACCCCCAGGUUCAACAACCGAGUCCUCGAGUUCAACCAACCGAACAAUCUCUUACCCCCGUCUCCCAAAGUCCUCUACCAGGUCUAGCUAUGCAUCCAUCUCCAAUCUCUGCCAGGACUAGGCUGCAGCCCGUCUCGUCCACUAACGAAGCACAAGCUCUGGCAGUAUCGCCUAGCGAGGAGAGUGAGAUUGCCGAAGUCAACCAGCAUACCAACGGCAUCGAGUACCACGGCAAUACGUCUUCAAUGUCCUUCUUGGGCAGCCUGCAAAGACUUCGGGAGCAACGAGCGACUCCAACUGAUGCAGCGGAGCGCAAGGCAUUCUCACUUGUGUCAGUGCUACAUAACUCGAGUUUUGUUUCGAGACGGAAUUUUACUUCCGACCUCACCGCUGCCCUUGCUGCAAACGGAUUCUAUUCCAAGCGGGCAAAUACCUUCAUCGAAGGGUACUUUGGGGGUAUUCAUUAUGUACACCCAAUAAUCGACAAGGAAGAGUUUUUGUCCCGUGCAGAUGAGCUAUGGCGUGGCACCAACUGCAGCGACGUACACUUCAUCGCGCUUUACUUGAGUGUUCUGUCGUUGGGUGCUUUGACUCGUACAUGGAACGAGACUUCCUUGGAUGGCCUUAAUCGCUUCCAAUGGAGCCGAAAGCUCUUUGCCGAAGCCCAGACAGUUCUGGAUGAAAUCCAAUUCAGCAGUAAGCUAGAGACAAUACAAUGCUUUUACGUCAUGGCGAAAGUAUGCCAGAACGAGCUUAACCCAAAUCUUGCUUACAUGUAUCUGGGCUCCGCAAUACGUUCUUGUCUAGCUGCGGGGAUGAAUCGCGAAACACCCAGUCCGAAUGCGAAGAGCUGCAUAAACAUGUCAAGAAUAUGGUGGGGUAUAUACUCGUUGGAAAUUGAGAUGAGCUUUCUCCUCGGUCGACCUGAUACAUUGGGGCAAGAUGAGUAUCACAACCGCGCAAUGCCCCAAGUUGACGAUUCUGAGUACGCUAUUAUCUCAGCCAUGGUGCAAUUCGGUCGUAUUAUGCGCAGAGUAUCCAUCGGGAUCUACCACUCUCAACUACCGACUCCGGAGACUAUUGGCCUGGCAUGUGAGAUAGAGCGCCAAAUGGAUAAUUGGGUUGACGCUCUACCUCAACGACGAGGUACUUCUUUGAGAGACCCUGAUUGGCGACGAAAACAAAGACUCGUUCUAGAGCUAAGAUAUCACAACGUGAGGAUGCUGCUCUUCCGGCCGUUCGUAACCCAGUGUGCGCGAGAGCCCUGCCAACCAUCAGAUGAAUUGAUGAGAGCGGUCGAGAAGUGUAUCUCUUCGGCCCAAAAAACCAUCGAAAUCGUAUAUGAAGCUUAUAAGGUUCACACUUACUUUCGCACAUGGUGGUAUAACACGACAUACAUCACUAUUGCAGCUUCAGUGCUCCUCCUGUACGAGUCGCGGACAAAGGAGCGCUCGCCCACAAACACUCUCGCCCUGAUAGAAACCGCUAUCGAGAUCCUAGAUGUUAUGGACGAAUCUGUAGUGGCACGGAAUGCUGCAGAGGUUAUCCGACACUUUGUGCGAGAGCUCAACGCCGUGCCUAUUGUAACCUCUGAUUACUCCGCGCAAGACGCUACAUCAAUGUCAAAUGUACAGAAUGCUCCUACACCCGGCCCAUGGAGUUCCUUAGAUCUUGGGUUGAGUGGCUUCGAGUUCUUGGACUUUCCACUUGGUGAGAUGACAGCUGUUUUUGACGAACUGUAUAAGAACCUUGACCACAAUAUUCAACCCGAGGAAGGAGUUCCAUGA